AUACCACAAGCCCUUCGCUAUCUCUCCCUCUCUUGCCAUAGGAACCAAACAAGCUCGAGUGAUGACAACAAAACUACGAUGCCAUUCUUGAGAAAGUUGAAAGAGUAUCCGGAGCUGUAUGAAAUGCACCGGGCCUCGCGAUACAGAGCAACCAAGGAGUUCUGGGCCAGGAUGCGUGCAGAGCCAGAAUUAUUUAGACUGUACCAACAAGACCACAGUCGUAGAAUGGAGCGGCUAUAUGCUCAGGCCGAGUACCGCGUCUUGAAUAAUCAAAGGAGCUUGGCUGACUAUUACGCUCACAAACAUGAUGAACGCUUCGCUAGGAUCAGGAGUGUCCACUAUUGGAGUUUCAGGCUACCCAACAACGCAUGGAGUGUUUGGGUACGCGAGUGUUUGCCCUGGAAAACUCAUCGACCAGUUAAAUAUCUGGCAAAGACUGAAUGCUAUUGUGCGUGCUGUGGGAUACCGCGCCAAUUGAAGGCAGUGUGGCAAUCAACAACAGACCCAAGCGUUCUCAUGUGCAACAAGCACUAUGCAGAGCGUGGCUGGCCCGAGGCAAUGCCCAAAGGCUACGAAGACAUCAGGACAUUCGGAGAUCUACGUGCACGAUAUGACGAACUGAACGGCUCCAUGGCCAGCCGAUUCGCCUACGAUAAAAUCAAGCAGAGAUCAUCAGAGACUUCUCCGUCAUCCAAGACAUCUUGA